AUGGCCUCUUGCAGCACCGCCGACUUUCCGCACGUUCACACGCUCACCUCAAAAUGGCGGCUGCUGGCCAUGGCAGAUUCUCCAGGGGAAAAAUGGCUCCAUUAUUUUGACUGUUACACUAGAGAACUGAGUUCAGUUCCCGCUGAGAUCCCUGUCGACACCCAUAUCCUGCAAUUGCAAAACAAUCGGAUACAGAGUCUCCCCGAAGGGGUGUUUGACCGCCUCAUGAGUCUGCAAAAGCUGUAUUUGAGCGCGAACCAACUGUCGGCUCUCCCUGCCGGGGUGUUUGACAAACUGACACAACUAACUAUUCUGAGUUUGUAUGAAAACAAACUGACGGCUCUACCCGCUGGGGUGUUUGACAAACUGACCCUGCUCACUGGGACUAACGUGGGCCAGAACCAACUCGCGUCUUUCCCCGCGGGGGUGUUUGACAAACUGACCCAGCUCACUCAUCUGGUUCUGGACACCAACCAGCUGAAGAGCAUUCCCAGGGGCGGGGUGUUUGACCACCUGGUGAAUCUACAGAAGCUGUAUUUAUAUACAAACCAACUGUCGGCUCUGCCUGUCGGAAUUUUUGAUAAACUGACUCAACUAACUAUUCUGAGUUUGUAUGAAAACAAACUGACGGCUCUACCCGCUGGGGUGUUUGACAAACUGACCCUGCUCACUGGUCUGAGUCUGCACGACAAUCAACUGAAGAGUAUUCCCAGGGGAAGUUUGCUGGGCGUGUGUGUGUCUAGAGCUGGAUGGACAAUGCCCAUCGGUUCCACCUGA